AAUAUUUCAGAAAAAAUGAUAUUCAAUUUAGUUUUAACAUUAUGGUUUGUUUUUACAAACAUAGUGUUUGGCCAGGAAUAUUUAUCAGUUACCAAAACAAAAUCCCCAAAAAAUGGAGCAGAACCAUCAUGUAGGAAAUUAAUAAAGACACCUUGCAAACUAGAAAGAAAGGAUAGGUUUGUUCCUCAUAUGGUGGAAGUAUUAGAAGAGCCAAGGAAAUUUCUGAAGGGUCCUAAAGCUGAAACAUCUGGGAAAAAACUUGAAUUUGUUGUUGUUGGGGCAGGACUGUCCGGCCUUCUGUCCGCAUACCUUCUUCUAGAAAUAGGACACAAGGUGACGGUUCUGGAAGCUAGCAAUCGAAUUGGUGGUCGAGUUUAUACAUAUUAUGGAAAUGGAUACUAUACAGAUUUUGGCUGUAUGCGCUUCCCUCCUUUCCAUCUCAUGGCUCAGAAGACUUUUGAAUUGUUUGAUGUCCCUACAGCAUUAUUUACUAAUACGAAUGAAGGGGACCAGGGCAGUUAUUUUUGGAUCAAUAACAAAUAUUAUCCAAAAGAGAGUUUCGUUGGGAAUAACACAAACCAGACCCAUAUAGCAGAACUUUACUCACUUUUUGGAAUAGAAAGAGAAAAUAUGCCAAAAGAUAAAUCUGGUAAACUCCUAUCCCCUGACACUAUUGGAUCACAAAUAUUGGAUAAAUCAGAAGAUGAAAAACUGUGCGGUGAAGACAAAACAGUGGGCAACUUUUUUAAAAUCAAACUACUAGAGAUGGGAUAUCCAGAGGAAAUUGGUUCCCUUAUAGCGAUCUUAAAACAUAUUCGUACUUUUGUCGGGCUAUCUGUGGAUGAAAUGAUAACAGAUUCAGAUUUAUCAUAUUUAAUAAAUCUAACUAAAUCUCCGAAUGAUUGGUCCGAGGUUGUUAACGGCUCAGCAGUUAUUGUUGACCAGAUAAUGAAAAAGAUUGUAAAUAAUCCUGAUUUUACUCUGAUAAUGAAUGCGAAAGUGAAAACCGUCAGAGAAAUGAGAGGAUACGGAGAUGCAUCAGUUAAAGUCGGAUAUAAAUCUGAGGAUGGCACGGAAAAGUUUGCAGUGGGAGACUAUGCUGUUAUGGCAACAACUGCUCCUGCCGUUGGUUUAAUGGAGUUUACUCCACCAUUAGAUUAUUCCAAGAGGAAUGCUUUGGAAACCCUGCACUAUGGAGGAGCCACUAAAAUUUUCUUGGUGUUUAAAACUCCAUUUUGGAGCCAAAAGGAAGGAAACAAGAUUCCUCCAAUUCCAUUUGGAAAGCAUCCAAAUAUUCGAAAAUCUGGAGGCAGUGGAACACUGGACACACCAUUAUCUGUGGUUUACUACCCCUCCCACGCUUUCCACGGGAACAGUUUAAUUGCCUCUUACACUUGGGAAUUUCAAUCAGAUUUCUUUGCUUCAUUUAAUGAUACAGAAAUUGUGGAAUACGCUUUGGAGGAGAUUGAGAAAAUCCAUGGAAAGAUUGCCAGAGAUAAUUUUGUGGAAGGACUGUCGUACAAGUGGUAUAACAAUAAGUUUGCACAUGGAGGCUUUGUAUACAAUGAACCUCUACAGAAAUAUCAUUACAUAGUAAGUUUCAAAAUUAAAACAAUAAGGAAAAAUAAAAUAUGCAUAAAUCAAAGACUAUAA